AUGACUGCAACAACCCAUCCGGAAUACAACAAGGAUACGGAAGCCUUGGAUGUCGCGAAAGCAUUCCCUGAAGCCAUUCGAGGAAAAACAAUCCUCAUUACUGGAGUGAACCGCAAGGGCAUUGGCUUCGCCACCGCACAAGCUUUUGCGUCGCAGUCCCCCGCUCAUCUUAUCCUUGCAGGACGCAAUAUUUCCAAACUUCAAGAGUGUCUAGACGAGCUCAAGCAACGAUGGCCGGACGUCGAUUAUCGCCCGCUGAUACUCGACCUUUCUAGGCAGAAGGCUGUUCGAACUGCGGCAGAGGAAGUCCUUUCGUGGAGCGACAUCCCAUUCAUCAAUGUGGUUGUGAACAACGCGGCCGUUGCGGCAAUACCGGAGCGCACGAUCACUGAAGAUGGCAUUGAGAUUAACUUCGCCACAAACCACAUCGGGCACUUCCUGUUCAUUUGCCUCAUUAUGCCAAAGCUCCUCGAAGCAGCAAAUACCGAGCCGAAAGGAACAACGCGUGUGGUCAACGUGAGUUCUGGGGCCGCCGAAUAUAACGGUGUUCGAUGGACCGACGUCAACUUCAACAAGAGAUCCACAGACCUUCCCAUGGAAGAGCGCCCGAACUACACGGUUCUCGAACGAUGGGGAAUCCAUGACGGCCCAGACAGGUCGUAUGUCCCGAUCGAGGCAUAUGUUCAGAGCAAAGCAGCCAAUGUACUUUUCGGUAUCGGGCUUACCAAACGGUUGUACGAAAGUCACGGCAUAUUGAGUCUCAGCCUUCACCCUGGAGUAAUUAAAACGGAGCUGUCGAGACAUUCUUCCAAGGAAGAGAAGGAUGCCAUCUCAGCGAGGGCACAGAAGGGCGAGUUUGAGUACAAAACGUUAGGGGCAGGGGCCGCAACGAGCCUUGUUGCAGCCUUAGAUCCCAAACUAGGCGUCAGUGAGAUCAAAGAUGGCAAAGAGGGAAGGGGAGCGUAUCUUAAGGACUGUCAAAUAUCCCAUGAUGCGCAUCCUCGAGCUGUAUCGAGCGAGGAGGCGGAAAGGUUGUGGAAGUUAUCAGAAGACCUUGUUGGGGAGAAGUUUUCCUGGUGA